GUGGCUCUCCAGUCAAAGUAAACGUCUGAAUUCUCAUGAAAGCGUUAACGAUACUAUCAGAUUGUAACAUGAUUGAUCCAGACCUGGAUAGGGAACUGUCACUAGCAAAUGAAUUUGUCCUGGAAGCUUUAAAAGCUGAGUCGGCAAACAAUGAAAUGGAAUUUUCUUCUAUAUCCAGAAGCACCAAAUCUAACUGCAGUGCGGGAUUCGAGACUUAUUGUGGCCGAUGUUCUGAAAAUGACUUGGGAUGCUUUUUCCAGACCCGUAACGAGGACCAGAGCUUGAGCACGCUGGACUCAAUGCCUCAACAACUCGAGGAAAAAGCCUUGUUCUCAGCUAAGGAUCAGAAAAAUUACCGUCUGGUUCCGGAUAUUUCUGUGGACCACGGUACAACAAUUUAUUAUGAGGGUAACCCAAGUGACUCUUGCUCUUUCUGGGACAAUACCUAUUUUCCACGUCAAACCGUUAGCUGUCUGAUCAAACGUGAAACAUCAACAAGCUGUUAUUUUACCCUGCCUAACAUCAUAGAUGGCAUGAACAAAAUUGAUUUGCUAGACCUAGACAGUUUUCAUGCAAUUUCAAAUGACCUCCCCUAUAAUAUCAAGGAAGAGCCCAUGGAAGAGGACAUUCGAGUUGACUUUCUCAAUAUCAAAGAUGUAUACUUCAAGCACGCUGAGGGAACCGAGGAUUCUUUCCUUUGUGUAUACGUGAAAACUGGUCGCAAAGUUAAUGGUGUAAAGCUCUACCUGAAACAAUUCCAAGAUGGCUUGUCUGGACAUUGUUCUCACGGUCCAAUUUGUCUCCCUUCUGAAUAUAACCGAAGAACAGGAAUGCUAUCUGUAGACUUAAAGUGCUUGUCUCAGUGCUUGCCUCCAAGUUCUGAAACAACAGACUGUCUGAAAAACACCUCAUCUUUCUGGCAAUUUAUUGCCAAGGUACAAUUAGAAGACGGUAGAUCUGUUUGCCACUUUUCAAAGUCAUUCCAGAUCCGAAGAAAUAUCCAAGAAUAUGAAGAUGAAAAAGGCUUCAAAACAAAACUGAGGCAGAUUCCAAUAUCUCGUAUGGAUGCCAGCUCAAUCUGCUUGUCGUCGAGCCUUUACUCUUCGAAUAUUGAAGAGUUAUCCGAUUCAAUGCCAAAGUCCUGUGCUUUAGAAAGCAUUCGAAACAGCAAAUUCAAGCCCUUCCCAUGUCAAGACAGCGUGUUCUCUGACGAUACAACGUCAAAAGGUGUUUUGGAUUAUGGAACAAAGAAGAUAGCAUUAGCGCCUGGAAGCACACUUGACAAAAGUGUGAUAUCGACAAAAAUCCAAGACCAAAACGAUAUCGUCUCAAUCCAAGAGCAAGCCAACUUUGCAGGACUGUUAAAAGUCAUGAAGACCAACCACCUUCAAGAAACCAGUCGAAGAAAAGCUAACGGGUAUCGAUCUGCCGAAGAAGCCUUCGUGUGGGCCUGUGGAUACUGCUUCUUUAGCAGAGGAAAGAAAUCAACAGUCAAGUCUCAUGUCAGUCGGCAAGUAUGCCAAAAGAGAAGACGAAUGCUAUCAGAAUGCAGCAUAAGGCAAGAAAAGACAGUGAAACCAAAGUUUCGACGAUGUCAUACUUUCAGUGGUAUUCAAAGUAAACCGAUGAGAAACUACUCCCUUAAGCGCUGCAAAACGCCAUGAUAGACUAAGAAGUUUAUAGAAGCAUGUUUAUAUUUAAAUACCUUGUAUAUAGUUUUGUACAGUUAUGUAAAUGCUUUUCAAAAAUGUAUGUCGUUCUUAAAAACUUAAGGAUCACUUAAUUUGACUCGGAGGAACAUGUAUGUGAGAUUAACUGAAGUUAAAAUCCUUGAUCUAUUUCUGAACGAAAUCAGUUUUAGGUUUUGCAUUUUUAAGCUUUAUAUAGCACUUCUCCACUUCCCUGAAAUGUGCCUUGUAUUUAGGAUUAUGUUGCUUUGCUAUAAAGAUUGUAAGUUAAACCCAGGGUGUUUUCAGUUGAAACAAGCCAUCGUGUAUAUAUGAAAGUAUGUAGUACUUAAGAGAUAGUUAUUGAUGGCACGCAAUAGCAAUUAACAAAGCAAUAUUCUCUGAACCAUAAAAAAAUCGUAUCAGAGGAAAGUGUUUUGGUUUUCAUGUAUCAAAUAUCUUUUUUAUUGUAAAUAAUUGUACAGUUUUGAUGAAAAAAUACCAUU